UGGAGAUUUUUCUGGGGGUUAGAGCUUGAUUUUGGGUUCUUCGGAUGAGACAAGAUGAUCUGUUCAAUGGGGGGAUUUAGGGAGCCAAGAUGGUUAUCUGAGCAGAAUUCUUGGGUUGAGUAUCACAAAGAUGGUGUCUUGACAUACUCCCCUCCGGUUUCUGGAAGUUUUCAGAGACAACAACCAAGUUCUCCUGGGAACAAGAUUAGCCCAGCAGUGCUGUUCAUUAUAGUCAUAUUGGCUGUCCUGUUUUUCAUAUCUGGUCUCCUGCACUUGCUGGUUAGGUUUCUUGUCAAGAACCCUUCUUCUUCGGCCGAGUUUGAUGGGAAUCCUGAGGCUUCUACCUCUGAUGCCCUGCAGAGACAGUUGCAGCAGCUCUUCCAUCUCCAUGACUCCGGUCUAGAUCAGGCGUUUAUCGAUGCCCUUCCCGUGUUCAUGUACAAAGAGAUUGUGGGUCCUAAAGAGCCCUUCGAUUGUGCAGUGUGUUUGGGUGAAUUCUUGGAGAAGGAUAAGUUGAGAUUGCUUCCAACUUGUGGCCAUGCUUUUCAUAUCAACUGCAUUGAUACUUGGCUCCUAUCCAACUCCACUUGUCCUCUCUGCAGAGGAGCCCUUUUCAAUGGUGGGUUUUCGAUAGAUAACCCCAUGUUUGAUUACGAUGGACUAGGAGAAGAGGAUGGAUGUCCUCAGAACAACGGGGAUAACGGGAAUUCUAUUAGUCAGAAAACAAGCGAUUUAAAGGAAAUUGUAGUAGAGAAGGGCACUUUUCCAGUGAGACUUGGGAAGUUCCGUAAAUUAAAUAAUCUGACAGUUCAGUGGGAAGGGGAGACUAGCAGUAGUAACUUGGAUGCUAGAAGAUGCUAUUCGAUGGGCUCGUAUCAAUAUGUGGUUGGUGACACUAACCUCAGGGUACCAUUGAGCAGUCGAAGAAAUGCUGGUGAUGCGAAACGUGUGAAAUCAAGAGAUCAGGAUCCUUAUCUCUCGCUCCACGAUGCUGAAGGGGAUGGGAGAAGGAUAGGUAUUGGUGCAAAAACCGAUAGCUACUCUAUGUCAAAGAUUUGGCUAGGAAAAUUUGCAAGUUCGUCGGACUCCAAUGUGGAAGAUCCUCCUCGUUUUGAUAUGGUCUCGCAAUGGAUGAGUCGAGCAGAAGGCAAGUAAAGUGUUCUUCUGGUAUAUUUUUUAUUUUUGGUUCUUUUUUUUUUUUCCUUAAUACGGUUCAUUGACUCUUCGAUUGAAAGUUUUAAGCUGCUAAUUCAAGGAAAAAAGAAACGGUAACCUCUUAUAACAUGGUAGAUCUGUAGUUGGGUCCAAUCUCAGUGUUAUUUGGUUCUUUUUUGAAAUUUGGAUUCUAUCAAAUUGAGAAAUGUCUUGAAUUCCUACUUAAUUUAUAAUUAAUGUCUUGAUUA